AAGCUAGUGGCUCAGUGCAUGCACAGCGGCCGGCCGGCGUGCAUAGUCGGUGAUAACGGCGGUGCGCUUCCGGCCCCUUUACUCUCUCUCUUUCCUUUCGGGGGAAGAUAUUCCUCUUUCUUUCUCUCUCUUUUUUUUUUAUUGCCACACUUGCUUCGUACGAAAACGUGUACGACGCAACAAGCAUUUAAGAGAGGCGCCCUCGUGCUCGAGCCGACAUAGCCACCGGGCCUCGGGGCCCGGGGGCCAACCCGUAACACGCGGUUAUGGAGCUCCUAGGCUCGUCCCGGUGCGGAAGCAGCUACGAUAUCUGUGCGCGGGCGUUACCCCGUCGUUCUUCUCUCGCGUACUAGUUGUAUAGAACGACUCCGCCGCGGCGACAACCAGGCCCUCCGCAUUCCGCUAAAGGUACCGCAUCAAAGGAUAAUAUCGUUACUCGCGUUUUCUCUUCUCGUGCGAUCGACACCUCUUCUCUCUCUCUUGCGUGGUGCUCAUCGACAAUGGGAUUUUCUGAGACUUUAUACGAAAGACACUGUACGAAAUUUGGGUUGUAAUCAAUUAGAAGAGUUUGUUCGUUUCGGGUGAUAUUUCGAAGUGGGUGCGUUUAUACUAGUUGGAAAAUUAUCGUGUUUCUUAAAUCAUCGUACGCAACGAUAAUUAAGCGAUAGUCGAUCGAACGUUACGUCCGGUAAAUUUUUCUCGACUCGAAAUCUCGUGAAAAGUGUUUCUUCGCGAUGACACCCGUCCUCUUCCAUUUUCACCGCGAUCGUAAACGACGAGACGUUCGAGCGAUGGGAAACACGGAAACGAACACACGCAACCACGGUCCUCCCUUUUCUCUCCUCCCUCCCGCUCGCUCUUUUUCUCGUCUUUUUCACCAUUUUUCCCGUGGCUCGUACACUCUUUGAGAGCGCGCUCUCGCCACACGGGUUAUAAUUGCUGCCCCCGUGAUAUGCGGUACCAGUGGACGAUUGGUUGAACGAUCUUGCAGCGAUGACGAGAUCGCGUUGGGGGACGAUGAGUCUCCCGCGGGGAGAGGAUUGAUCGAAAAUUGAAACGGAGGAAGAAAUUUUCGAUCAACAGCGCGUCCGGAUGAGACGGACGCUCGGAUCUGAGGAGAGGGAACGAAGAAAGGGGGGGAGGGGAGAACAACUCGAACUCGCGCGUGUAACGUGAGGGGGGUGGGAGAAGAGGAAAGCUGGCGUCGGGAUCGCGCGAGGGCAGCUCGCGCGGGACUCGGACCCGUCGACGGACCAAUGGCGGCUCGCUGUCGAGCCGAGGCAGCGGCGGCAUGCAGUGCGGCCUGUGCGCCGUGGUCGCGGGGCUGUUCAGGCGCGCCAUGUGCAUCGCGGGCAGCAGACGCGGCUCGGGCGAGUCUUGCUACCAGGAGAUCACCCCGGACGCCCGGACGAGCCGCCACUCGCAACUAGCGCCCAUCGAGACGGGGCUCAAGGCUGCCGAGAUAGCGGAACACGUUAAAGAGGCUGUCGAGACGCAGGAGAGAAGAAGUGCGGAGAUAACGGUGGACAGUGGGGAGGAGAAUGUGUUCAUCCGCAUUUCCGAGAGCGCCGCGCUGCCAACAUCCGGCGUGUCGGCCACGUUGGCGGAAGUCCGCGACGAACCAAGGACGGAACCCGCGUACAGACGUUUGUCACAGGUCGAUCGUAUCCUUCUCGAGAGUUUGGAUAUCGGCCGCUCGAGACCGAGGCCGACCGGUCGAUUCCUGACAAUGCACAAGAGAAGGCGUAAGAGGCUUACCACGAGAUCCUUAACCGAGGAGCCCGGUAUCCUGGACGAUAUUUUCCAUGGUCUGGUCCAGUGUGUAUUACAAAAGGCCGGAAACUGGCGGUUUAAUGCAUUUACACUGGAAACGGUAACAGGAGGACGUUCGCUGCCAGUAUUGUGCGUCCAUCUUUUUCAUUGGUAUGGUCUUCUACAAUAUUUCAAUCUGGAUGUGGUUACUGUAUGGAAAUUAUUCGCCUUUAUCGAAGAGGGCUAUCACAGUACAAAUCCUUACCACAACAGUAUACACGCGACCGACGUGACUCAAGCGAUGCAUUGCUUCCUCCAAGAGGAAAAAAUCAGAACGCACUUAACCAACUUGGAGAUUAUGGCUUCGCUGAUUGCCGCGGUGACGCACGAUCUGGAUCAUCCGGGCGUCAAUCAACCGUUCCUGGUUGCCACGAGCAACCACUUGGCAGCUCUCUAUCAAAACACAUCGGUACUCGAGAAUCAUCAUUGGAGGUCGGCGAUAGGUUGCCUUCUUGAGAGUGGAGUUUCCGAUCAGUUACCGGCACACGUGAGGCCAGAACUUCAACGACAUAUAAGUUCAUUGAUUUUGGCCACAGACAUCACUAGACAGCAAGAAUUUCUCAUUCGAUUCAAACACUAUUUGGAUGAGAAUUUGCUGGAGAUGAAACGUGCGGACGAUCGGCAUUUCAUUCUGCAAAUAGCCCUGAAAUGCGCUGAUAUAUCGAACCCUUGCAGACCUUGGGACAUUUCGCAGAAAUGGUCGCACAAAGUAUGUGAAGAAUUCUUUCGACAAGGCGAUUACGAACGACGUUUGAACCUUCCAGUGACACCAUUAUGUGAUCGACAUACCACUAGCAUACCAAAGAUACAGGCUGGAUUCUUUAAAUUUGUCGUGACGCCUUUAUACGAAGAAUGGCACCGUUUCCUAGGUGAUGGUCUUAGCGUUUCUCUAAUGGAACAUCUGCGAGCCAAUCAAAAGAAAUGGGAAGCGUUAAUUCUCCAAGAAACUGCAAAGGAUAUAGAAACGGAAAUCUCGGAAUUGGAAGAGACAGAAUUGGAAGAUGCCAUCAGUGCUGCAGAAGAUCCAGCUGCCGAGGAGGAUACAGAGAGUAUUGAUUUAUUAAUACCAGCUGCAUACGUUCAUUCCUCUAAAAUGCAAAGUUUGCCAGCGCGGAUUGGUCUGGAACGCGUUGGAAGACGGCAUUCUGUGCCAUUAAGUAUCACGAAACCUAUGACACUUUUGCCACGAAGCAACGUGAGACGUGAAAGUCUGCCGAGUGAACAAAGUAAAUCGAGGAAUCUUGUGUGGAAACUUGACGAACAAAAUCUUUUAGAUCCAAAUUCAUUGUCUUUAUUGUCGUCCAAAACUAGUAUAGAACUUUCUCCGAGCGGCAGUAACGCAGGGGAAAGACCGGUCAGUGCUGAAAGUCUUUUGCCAGAACCUAGUAUAGCUAGUAUCACUAACAGUACUGAAGCAUCGAGAUUAAGUACGGUGUUGCAAUCGGAUGAUCAAAAGUCAAAUACGCAAACAAAACAAUUAACAAGACAACAGACUUUCCCCCCAUUGCAACCGUACAUUAGGGUAAGGUAUCUGUCGACAACCGCAGAGAUGUCGCAAUGUUAUUCCCAAAUAUUAUUAGAAGCAGAUAGCGCAUCAGCAUCCUCUUCAUGUUCAAUGAAAGAAAAAUCGUGUUCGGAUGGUCAUUGUGAUAUUUCUCCUACAAAGGAAAUAGAAUCUAAUAACAUUAUAAUGUCGAAAGAAAUAGAUUUAAAUAAGAGAAGAAGCUCCUUAAUUCCGGAGACGUUUAGACAAAAAACAGAACCAGUUGUUGAAUAUCCACGCCGUCACUCGGUUCAAACAAUUCGUAUCGAAGAUGUCAACUUCAAAAAUCGUUAUAAGCGACCAACGUCUGCUCAAGGAACAGAUUCCACACAAGUUUUUUACACAUCGUUGACCAAUUCACGUACUGAUAAAGAGAGAGGUAGCAUUGAAGAAGAAUCCAAAUUGAGCGAUAUUUCCACCUCGAAGAUAAAAUUGGAAAGUGAAAGAUCGGUAAACGAAGACCAACGGACUACUAUGGUAACAUUAAAUAAGUCUGAACAGUGUGGUUCGAUAGCGAUUAUUGCAAAAUCGAAGUGCACCAACUCCGAAUUACGAAGAUACUCAACUCCUGUGCCAGAAACUAAGACAAUAAUGACUGAUGCUGGUGGUAGACGAUUUACCGCGAUACCAGUGUCAUCCGAACUUAGCACGCAUAAAGUGUUCUUCAUCGGUAGCCCACCAGACUCACCACCCCUUGUUCAAAGCGUAUCUACGUCAAAUGAAAGUGGUAGCGAUUUACGAAAAGGAGAUAUGAAUAAUGAAAUUGUUUCUACUUGUAACAAACGAGAUUCAGAUUCUGCAAAAGAAAGGAGUUCGAAAGUAGCCAAAUUAAGUCUGGAUAUGCAAAUGAAGGAGAACGUCGAUCCACGAGCGGUAGAAGAUACAAAAGGAAUUGCUUUAUGCAGAAAGGGAAGUCAGUCAUGGACUAGACGACGUGGAUCUGCUCCAGUUGGUCUUUUAUCUAGAUUGGAUGAUAUUACAGUACCAUCUAUAACAACUAGAGUUGAUCACACUUCCAGACGUGGUUCUGUACCAAAUGACAUUACUAGACAACAAAAUGGUGGUUUUAAUAGAUUAGCAUUAGGACCUCGAGAGGGUAAUGUUGCAGCACCUCGAAGAGCAAGUCUUCCACAAGAAACUGCUCUUGGAAAUCUUCUUGGCAAUAUUUUGUCUUUAACCAAUGAACGAGAGAAUCUCCCAAUAAAUAAUAACAAUAAUAAUAACAAUACUGGAAGUAGCAACAAUAACGGAAUAACAAGAAUAAUUGAUAGCACUGGCCCUGGCAUGCCGUCGCCGCGGCGAGGUUCUGUGCCGGCAGAUAUAUCUGAAUUACGUCGAGAUAUGUUCAAUAGGAGUAGCAUAAACGGUAAGCCUCGUAAUCGGAAAAAAAUAUUGAAGAGAAGGAGUUCUGGAGGACCAGAAAUGUUUUCUGGAGGAUCCACAGAUGGAAACGAUAAUGGCACAUGGCUUAAAUGGAAGAGAGAACUAGGAAAAAAGGAUUCGAUUCCUGAACCGCUCGUCAAGCGAAGAGGUUCCCUGCCCAUAGAGAUGGUGGCCAUUUCUCAUGCUGGAUCAGGAUCAGGAACACGAAGAUCCAGCUUAUGGAGACUUUAGCAUGCAGUAGAAACAAGUGGACCGUCCGUGUUAUCAGCGGUUGACAUUAGAUCAUCGAAUACUACCGUACUGGCAGUCUUUCCUUACAACAUUAACAGCAACAGCGAUGAUUGACUUCCACGUUUCUGGUUUAAACUGGAACAUUGCAAAACUGGAACUCUUCUAACCAACUAUAAUUGUGGGCAAGUGAAUUUUGUAAAAUUAAUCGAGAUUUCUAUAAUAAUAUUUGCAAUAAAAAACAAAGAAAAAUGUUCGCGAUUUAUUCAAUGAUCGCUAGUAAUAAUUUUAUUGCCGCAAAUAUUAAAUGUAUUAAUGCCUAUAAUAAACAAAGUAAAAAAAUCUAUUCUAACACAAAUGGAUAUACUUAUGUAUAUCUUUGAGUAAUGAAAAGAAUACAAAUUCAAGAUUGGCGAAUUGUAAUAUAAAAUUUUGCGACAGGGUUAAAUAAUAGCGAAAGAAGAAUGAAAAAAUUAUUCUUCUUCGUCAUAUGUUUGUGUGGAACUAGUAAAACAAAGUAUUUACACAUAUUAGUUAUGUGAGCUCUAUAUCCAUUUGUGCCAUACACAAAUGUUGUUGAAAACGAGAUACAGUCAAACACAGGGUUCAAUAUGACGAUUUUAAUAAUUAAAAUGCCUAGGUUU